AUGGAUGUUGCGAAUCUCCUUCCAGCUGUUGAGCAGCUCGAAUACAACAUCGAUGAUUUGGAGGAAGCUCUAGAAUCGCUUCUGGACAGUUCGCUAGAAGAUACAUCCAAAAACCUGCCAUUGCUAGACCGCGCAAAACUGCAUGUUUUACUGACAUAUACCCUGGAAUCGCUUUUAUUUUCAUACUUGAAACUCGAUGGUGUUAAUGUCAAAGACCACGCAGUCCAAAGAGAGAUUAUUCGAGUAAAGCAGUACUUUGCGAAGAUCAAGGAUUUGGAAACGAAGCCGGAAAAACCGAAAUCAUCGCUGGACCAACAAGCAGCUCGUCGGUUCAUUGCGCAUGGCCUUUCUGGAAACGAAAAAUAUGAUAUCGAGCGCGCAGAGAAGUUAGCUAAAGAAAAAGCUCGCGCACAGCUCAAAGCAGCAUUAUUAGCUAAGAAGCAGGCUGCGACAGAAUCAUCGACCCCAGCUGUCUCUCAUGAAUCAAAGAAUACUACUACAAGUAGCCCGAAUUCCGACUCGAGUUCGGACUCAGAGUCUCCAGACGAAGUCGAGGAGGUGCAGCAUGAAGACCCAGGAAAUGUAUUCAGGGAUUCGACAGGGUACAUUGGGUUUACCGCAGAAAAAGAAACAUCUGAACCGACUACGGCAAAGAUGAAAGCUAGGCAAAGAAGGGAGGAAGCAGAGUCUAAAAAAGCCGAGCAGCGGGAGAGGAGAGCGGGCAAAGCUGUUAAGGGAGAAAAGCAACGCGAGAUUCGCAAGGAACGACGUUUGAAGAAGAAUUUUAAAAAGAAGGAGAAAAGAGCCAAGGAGAAAAAGGCGAAGAGCGAGAAGUCUGAGUGA